CUUCAGUUGAUCUGCCAUUUUUCAGGACAUGAAAAUCUGGAGCAGAAGGCCUGAUGCAACAUGUCUUCGAAUUCGGAAAUCCUUCACUUCAAGUUUUCAAACUAUGGGGAUUCAAUGCUGCAAAAAAUGGACCUCCUGAGAAAGCAAAACAGGUUUUGUGAUGUCACGGUGUGUGUGAACGAUCUGGAGGUCCAGGGGCACAAAGUGGUCUUUGCUGCUGGAUCAUCUUUUUUGAGGGAUCAGUUCUUGCUCAGCGAUUCCAAGGAGGUUAAAAUCUCAAUCUUCCAGAGCUCCGAAGUGGGGAAGCAGUUGAUGCUGUCCUGUUACACAGGCAUUCUCGAAUUUCCAGAGCUGGAGCUUGUGAACUAUCUGACGGUGGCAAGCUUCCUCCAAAUGGGUCACAUUGUUGAGCGAUGCACCCACGCAUUGUCCAAGUUCAUCAAACCCAGUGAUCCUUUGAAGAGUCAAGGUGUGCAGAAAAUGGGUUCCUCAGAACCCCUAGAGGACCAGUCCACUGCUGCCGUGACAGUGGAAGAAGUUGAGGAAGAAGGAGAUGAAGAGGAGGAGGAAGUGAUCAUGCAGACCAGUUCUCCAAACAUCCAACAGGUAGAUGACAAUACCGAUGGGGAAGACAAUGCAAUCACAAUUGUGAAGGUUGAAUCCAUCAGUGAAGCAUCUAUGGCUAACACUAAGCUUCAGAACCACUUUCCAUCAUCUGCACAAGCCCCAUUACAUACUCCUGAGCCUCAGCAUUCCCUUAUUAACUCCACAGUGGAGACCAGAAUUGGGGACAGUGUGUCACGCCAGUCACAGAGCUACAGUUCUGCUGCUAGUUCAGAUAGCAUGUUUGCUGGGAAGAACACAUUUGGGGGCCACGCAAGGACACAAGAUAAAUGUCUCCAGUGGUACCACCAGUGCCCCAAAUGCGCCAGAGUUUUUCGACAGCUGGAAAACUACGCCAACCACCUGAAGAUGCACAAGCUGUUCAUGUGCUUGCUGUGUGGCAAGACGUUCACGCAGAAAGGCAACCUCCACAGACACAUGCGGGUUCACGCGGGCAUUAAACCUUUCCAGUGCAAGAUCUGUGGCAAGACUUUCACGCAGAAAUGCUCUUUACAGGAUCACCUGAACCUGCACAGCGGGGACAAGCCCCACAAAUGCAACUACUGCGACAUGGUGUUCGCACACAAGCCUGUGUUACGAAAGCACCUCAAGCAGAUCCACGGGAAAAACAGUUUUGACAAUGCAAAUGAAAGGAGUAUCCAAGACGUUCCGGUGGAUUUUGACUAUAGCAGAGUUCACAACACCGAUGCAGAAAAUGCAGACCACAGCCUUGGGAACUGAUGUAAUAUUCUAGUUUUGAGACUGAUGAUAAAGAUUUUCCAAAAGAGUUGUCUAUUUACAGUAUGUAAAAAGACUAAAACAUUUAUAACAGGAUGAGGGCUCAUUUGCAUCUGUGGUGUUAGAGCUUUUAACCUCAUCUCGUCUCACCGUCAGGGAAUUGGACAGAAUCUGUAACGGCAGUGUCACGCAUAAUACUGCCCGCUGCACAUGGAAAUACUGGAGUUUUAAAACAAACUGUUUAAAUGUGUUAAGCAGAAAAGGUGUUUUAUUUUCGCGUUCUGUGUGUGUAAUGUAUAGAUUAUUUGAUAAGACUAGGAGUGUAACGAUUCAUCAUGUAUUGAUGAAUUGUGAUACUUUCUUUACAUGAUCUAGCGUAUCAUAAUAGAAGUAUGUAUCGUUUGUAUCGUGAUUCAAGACCAAACGCAAAACAUAGUAUAUUGUAGAUCACCAAAUGGUUCUUGAAUAAAGAAAGUGUGUUUUAUAGUUGAUAUGGAUAUAUAUGUACUCUCCCUAUCUUGAAUUUUUUAGUCUUAACAAAAUGGUCCAUCACUAAAUUGAUUUUAUUAUGCCUUAUACAUAUCUUAUCAUGAGAUUAGUGAAUCGCUACACCCCUGGAUAAGACUGUUUGAUUUACAAAAAAUGCUUAGUUUAUUCAUGUAUGGAUCCCUUAGACUGGUAUCAGUUGGGUCCAUGUGGAAACAGAUCAUCAUAAAUCCUCUUGUUGACACACAUAAACAUUCUGUACAUUCCUAAUGUAGUUAGACUGUGCAAUUAAAUCUAAUGUAGGAAAGUCAUCCUGAGUUAAAUCAUUCAAACCGAAGACCCCCUUUGUUGCACUUUAUCCAGGAUGAACACAUAGUGGUAGAAAUAAUGUAUGUAUGGUGUUGGUUUUAUUAUGGUUAAUGGUGAUGUAAUAUAGGCAGUUACAUAAAAUGGGUUUACAAACAACUAGAAACGCCUGUAAUGUAAAGCAUGCUGCUGUAUCCUUCACACUGUCACACUUGCUAACCAGUGCCAUCUUGACUGCCUGUAGUUGUUAUACACCCUACUGGCAGUGUAAUGGGAGGUAGAAAUCAUUUUUUGUCUAUCCCCUAUAAGGUAGUGUGUUACUUGUAUAGGUGCUAUUGUGUUAGAAACGUUAAGUCCCCAAAUAAAUGAUAUUGUUGUCCUUGA